CCCCCCCCUUACCCCCUCCCUCAAUGGCCUCGUAGCAACACCAGAACCCACUGCUUGUACAGGGGCAAGAGUCCUGUUCACACACACACACACACACACACACAUAUACACACAUAUACACACAGCUCGUCUCCAAAUGCGUCCGGGACUGGCGGGUAUAGCGGUGGAGAUGCUGAGCGGCGCUACCUGCAGGGCCAGGCCGAGGCUCGGCAGCCUCUUGGCGGCCACUCUCACCAAAACAGUGCCGCCGAUGUCAAACACGGGGAGCCCGAGGUUUCGCUCCACGUCCUCGAUGCAGGGGUUUUCGGAGCUGGCCAGAGAGAGGUCGAAGACUGUCACGUCGUUUUACAACCAGUCCGCCAUUGACGUUUCCGCUGAGAAGGCCUCGGUGCGACUGACCUUGGCGACCCUGCUGUAUUCUGGGAAGUCUCCCGAUGGACACCACAUCCUGAGCAGUGCCAAGUACCUACACAAGGAGCUGCCUGUACGGAUCGCCCAUCGCAUCAAGGGCUUCCGUAGUCUGCCCUUCAUCAUCGGCUGCAACCCCACCAUUCUGCAAGUGCAUGAACUGUACAUCAGAGCCUACCACAUGCUCAGUGACUUUCCCCCGAUCAAGGAUCAGGACAUGGAGGCUCGGUUCUGUAAGCUGGUGCAGCAGCUGCUGGACGACCAUAAAGAUGUGGUGACCAUGCUGGCCCAGGGCUUCAGGGAGUGUCGCAGACACGUCCAGGACGAGAUGAUCCUCCGCAGCUUCCUGGACACAACGCUGUGCUCUCGCCUGGGAAUCCGAAUGUUGGCCACGCACCAUCUCGCCCUCCACGAGGAGAACGCUGACUUCGUUGGGAUCAUAUGCAGACGUCUCUCCCCCAAAAAAAUCAUAGAGAAGUGGGUGGACUUUGCCAGGCGUUUGUGCGAGCACCAGUACGGGAACUCGCCCAGAGUGCGGAUCAACGGACACGUAGCAGCUCGCUUCCCCUUCAUCCCUCUGCCUCUGGAUUACAUCCUGCCCGAGCUCCUCAAGAACGCCAUGAGGGCCACCAUGGAAAGCCAUCUGGACACCCCAUACAAUGUGCCCGAUGUGGUCGUCACCAUCGCCAAUAAUGACAUUGAUUUUGUCAUCAGGAUUUCAGACCGUGGCGGCGGCAUCCCUCACAAUAUUGUAGACAAGGUGAUGGACUACCACUUCAGCACGGCUGAGGAGAGCGCACAGGACCCCCGCAUGAGCAACCUCUUCAACAACAUUACCAACAGUGGAAACCAGUCCAGCCCUAUGCAUGGGUUCGGCUUCGGCUUGCCCACAUCCAGGGCCUACGCUGAGUACCUGGGCGGCUCUCUGUCCGUACAGUCUAUGCAGGGCAUCGGCACCGACGUCUACCUGCGUCUGCGCCACAUCGACGGCAAAGGAGAGAGCUUCCGAGUGUAAAGCCCCGCCGUCGGUCACCCUUGUAGAACACAGGAAUCAGGCCAUGCAGGAGGACACCAGGAAGGCUGGCAUGGACUACAGGACUUUGGUCCACACAGUGAUAGCCUACACAGUAUGUUGUCAGAAAGCUCCUAAAUCCACCAACCCACUACUUGUUCUUUAUUUUUUUUUGUUGUUGUUGUUCUGCCUUAGACUGAUUAUAAGCUAUGUUAGCUCUCAAGUUGAUUAUUUCAGUUGUUUUUUUUCCUUCGUGUUUUGUACCCUGUGGCAUGUCGUCUUGAAGUUUUAUGGGGUGUAUGAACUUUUGAAUGUUUUAGGUUAUCGGGACAAACUGUGCAUAGUGGACAUUGACGUUACUGUGGAAGGAAAGGAAGGAAGGAAGAGCUUCAGUUUUAAAGAAGUUCAUUUUGAAGUCACACAGCCUCCAAAAUAGGAACAGACGUUUUGAUGAUUUAAAAAAAGAAAAACAAAGUUUCAAAGGAAACUUCCUGAGACACUCCAGCAACCCUGUCAAAAUCUCCUCAAAGUGCACAAAGCUGCUCGCAUGUUCCACAACGAUCAACACAACCGUAGUCUGAGUUACCAGAGCCUUCCAGUACGUUAUCAGCUCUUUGUAUCAAAAUCUAAAAGGGUCUACAAGGUGGUGGAUGGGGGGGGGGAUAAAACCCAGCUCUGGUGUCCUCGGUAUUAAAGCGCUCUCCAGCACGAGCUGUAAACCUCAACCGUCGACGACCGUUAAGCGUCAUUCAGCAAAGCCUUGAGUUCAGCUGCGGCUGGUACACGCAGAAGAAAAACUGCCAAAAACACCGAAAGCUCAUUAACAGACCUCCGUCUCGUUCCGUUUGGAGAACACGCGCCGCGAUCCAACAUCUUUUUCUUUGUUCAGCAGUAUUUUUGUGGAGCUUUUCAGGCAGGGAAGCCAACCCGAGAUGUUCAGUGGCCUUACUGUGUGAUGUUUAAGUCCUUCAACUGCAUGCUGACUUUUACUUGUUUUUUGUUUUUCUUUGUCGUUGCCUUUAUCGGUUCACACAGAUGCACAACCACCAUGUCAGUUUCAUUAGUUUGGAUGUCAGAUGUGUUUUUUUUUUUUUUUGCACAAUGAAUAGAUUUCCCAUUGUGAUGCUCAGCACUUGCACCAAUCAUAGCGUUUUUUUUUUUGACUAACAAUAUACCAGAGAAGUAUUGUCUAAUGUUGUCUCCUUUUUUUCUGUUUUAUCUCUAUCUAUUUAGUUUUUUGUUUUUUUUUUGUUGUUUUUUUAGAAAGUGUUUCUGUUGUAUUUCAGGUUUGCUGUCUUUUUGAGAUAAGUUUUGUAUAAAAUAACAUUUCAGGAUCGGUCAGUACACGGAGGUUCAGUUUGGCUGAGGUCGCUCGUCAUUUUUAGGUCAAUUUUGUCAAGAUCUCAACUUAAUGUGAGCGUUACUUUGAGACAACGAAUGGCCAUAUCUUGUGGGGUUUAUUUUUAGAAAAAUUCUACUUAUUUUGUGAUUUUUGUCCCUUUUUCUUUCUUCUAAUUUAGAAAUAUUGAGUUCCCUAACGACUAAAGGUCUCAGUGAGCUGUCAGAAAUCAGUUUUUACUUUCCCCUGUACAAAUUAUUUAUUACAACAAAGACCCUUUUUGCUACCGUACAAGCGAGAUGGUGUCAGCUCUUGUUGCACUCCAGCUACGUUUUUCCGUAACUGAACGUGACGAAAAAUGAUCACGUUGCUGCAAACUGCACAGAACAUACUUGGAGUUUUGCCCAACUCCUCAAACGCCAACUAAACUAAGAUAAAUAAAAUGCUCGCUUCAGCUCAUUGUCUGUACUACUAAGAAUGCGCAACUCCUCGUUGCUGCUUUAAUUUACAACAUUAUCUCUCGAUAUCACAGUUUUUUUUUUCUCUAAUCGUCUCAGGAUAACGGGCGUCUGUACUUCAUGGUCUAUCCAAGUCGGUUUCAUAAAGUCAUUCCUCUCGACCUGAAGACAAACAGAUGAAUACAACAACAACAACAAAAACACGAUUUAUCUUGUAAACAAGCUCGAAUUCGCAAUAUCUGCCACAUUGUGCAUGCAUAACCUCACAAACAUUUGACCCUUUAUGCCAAAUUUACUGCGGCUGCCAAAUAGUUGGGAAAUAUUCGUGGACGGACCGACCGAAAGAGCGAACUAUAGAAAAAACGGUCGAGUUGUGAUCUUGACAUAACGUAGCAAAAAUGAUUAGCAGACCCCGGCCGCUCUGAGUUUCCAGUUACAGUUGUAUAAAUCAAAUAAUACAGAGUCAAUAACACGACGUUUCAGACAUUUUCCCACCUCAAGCACUCCUCACAUUGUGUUGAACAUUCCCCAGUGAGCACCAGUCAUCCACCAACACAUCGAACUGAAAGCUACAUUCACACUUUAUCUGUUGGGAGCAUUUGUUAUUAUAUUAGCUUAUACUGUUUAGCAGAGAGGGCAUUGGGAAUCUCGAGCUGUAAUUACCAGGAUUGGAAAUCUAUUAAGUUUGUCUUCAUACGUUUUAUUUUUUUUUUUUUCGGUUUUUGGCUCAGAGAGAGACUCCACCUGUGAUUUGACCCCCUUCCUAAGUCCCGCCCCUUUUUGGACCUGGUCAACUUUUUCCUUUCCCGUACUUAAAAAGCUAUGCUAGGCUAAUCUGUAUUGGAAAAAAUAAUCAAAUUUUUAGCUCAUGUUAGCAUAACAUAAGCUAACUAACUACUUAGAUAAUCUACAUCCGUCAUUAGCUGGCUAGUUAGUGUUUUGCUACGGAGCAAAUAUUUAUAUUUAGUCUACAUAUCUUAAGUUAGCUAAUGGUAAUUAACAUCAACUGUUAGCUCGCUAGUUAGAUGGCGUUUUGCUACAGAGCUAUAGUCUGUGUAACUUAAGUUAGCUAAUGUUAGCAAAAACAUUCUGCAUCAAUCAUUAGCUAGAGUUUUAACUAGCUAGAUAGCCAGCUAGCGAUUGAUGUAGCUAGAUAAGCUCAGUAGUGAGCUAACGAUUUAGCUAACUUAAGAUAUGACUAUAUUUAUAUAUAUAUAUAUAAUAUUAUAUUAUUAUAUAAUAUUUUAACUAUUGCCAGAUGUGGUUGGUUUUUUCCCCCAACAUGUACUAGCCUAGCACGUAGCAUAUCUAGCUACAAGAAAGGAGGAAGUUGGCCGAGGCUUACUCAACUGUUAUUGGAGCACAGAGCAAAAAGGGGCGGGUCUUAGGAAGGGUCAGUUAUUGGUUAUAAAUCACCGACCUGGAGUCGCACAACCUUUUAUUCUAAAGCUGCAUCAUAAAAGCUUUAGAAUGACAGACACUGUUUGGCCAUAAUGGGAAAAUUGGUCUGUUUUUUGUUCUCUAAAACCUAUAAAUUAUAUACGAUUCUGACACGUUUUAUAUCUUACAAAUAACUGGUUCGCUUGGAUUUGCACUCACAACUUUUUUUUGUUUACAUACAAAAUGUUCCUUGAGUUAAAAUGAGAUUUUAGCUUGUGAGACAUUGUGAAAACACGAGCGAACCACUUAUCUGAGUUGUAAGAUGUUGAAAACAUAAUCUGAUUUAAUUGGUGAAAUAUUUAUUUUAUGAAAACAAAAACACGCCCGUAUAAUUCCCAGCUCCAGAGCGACGGAGAGCGGCUUGUAUUACCUUUACCUGUAUUCUCGCCGAGGCCGUGUAUAUGAAUCAAUGUGUUUAUUGUGGCUUUGAAGGUCUUGAAGAUGUAGUAUAUAUAUGUAUGUAGCUUAUGCAUGUAAAGCAGAUGCUGGUAGACGGAUGGUUUAAGGUUUGUGUCCCUUUUUUUUAGAGACGCAUUCGCAGGCGAACCGGCAUCAUUCAGAGGUUUUCUCCUUGUCCAAAAUGCUGCUGGUGAAAUGUUUCUGAAGGUGGUUUGUAAAUUGUGGAUUUGGCAGCCAGGCUUUUAUGAAGCAUGGCACGUGUACUGUCUGCCCCCUGCUGGUCUAAAAGGAGAAGUGCAAGCAGACUAGAAAAAAUACUGGGGGGUUUUUUUGAAGAGGGAAGAGGAUGUGCAACAAAAUUUUCCCAGUUACUUUUUGCAGAUAGAAAUGAAGAUUAAUAGAAAAAAAUAAUAAUAAUUUCUCCAUCAUUUCCAGUACAAAGCCAAAUAUUGGACUUACUGACAGAAUGUGCUGCCAUGGAGUGUUUUGUCUCCUUGACUGAAAUUAGUUUCUCUCUCAUGUCUUUCUGUUGUGUUCAGGACUCUGUAAACAUUAAAUUUUACUUGGUUGGAA